CGCUCGCAGCAUUUCGUUUCAUAGCGAAAUUAUCGUUAUUCGCAUAUUUGUUGAUAUAUCGGCAAUAUUAUUUAUACAAAAUGCUCAAACGUCCCAACCCUGAAGAAGAUGAAGAAGACAUUCUACGAAUGCAAGAAGAAUACUUACGUGAAAAGAACAAGGACGCUAAAUUUCGCCCGUCGGCUGCAGUAACAAAUCUGCGGCCGCAAGUGACAGAAACUCCAAAACCCUCAAGUAGUAAGUCUGAGAAGUCUGUUAGGCGUAAACUUUCAAAAUACGCACAGGCUAAGGGCCUCAAAAAUGAAAAGCAAGUCCGGUUCGAAAGCAGUACGGGCUCCGUUAUGGGAGACAUUUUGGAGAAGAAUUUGGAAGAAGUUCCUAGGGAAACAGAAAUGGACGAUGACAAGGUAUACUAUCCAAAAGUAAUAUCUUCAGUUAUGAGCAAUAUCGUAGAAAAAAACACAGAUUGUGAUGUAGAUUUGAGUUUCAAACCAAUGCCUACUCAAGGCUUUCCUGUAGCUAUGAAAUGCGAUUUUAAUGUAGCUCCCGGUUCAAAAAGUAUCCAUUCAUUAUACAUUCAAAGAAAGCAGCAAGAGAAAGCAUUAAAAAUGGAUAUUGAUGAGCCAUCAAACUCAAGUAAAACAGACAUUUCUAAACAGGUUAAUCUUCCAGAAAAAAGUUGCAUUGUGUCUUCAAAAGAUGCUGAUGUCAUCCAUUCUGAAAAUGUUAAUUUAUUAAAUAAAAUGUCUGAAAAGGAAAUAUUGGAGGAACAGCAAAAGCUACUUGCUGAAAUGGAUCCUAAUUUGAUCAAGUUUAUUAAAGCUAAACGGAAAAAAGAGAAUCCAAUCUCGGAUGAUAAACAUUCACCAAAGAGCCAGAAAAUGACACCACAGGAUGUACCAAUGGAGUCAUCAGUCACUGAUGAUGGAGCUUGGGAUAAUGACAUAUUAUCCCACCCUAAUGUCAAUAAAUGGCUGCAUUUUGACUCAUUAGAGAAGGACAAACUUGAGUGGGUUAAAGGCAUCAAGGAAAGCAAUAACAUCACCCCUGACAAACCUUAUGAAGCCCGCUUUGAUUUCAAAGGAUACCUGUUACCAUACACCUUACCUUAUACGGAAGAAACCAAAACUCUUUUCCAUCAUGGUGAAGAACCUCAUAGACCGGGAUACACCCUUACAGAGCUAUUCGAACUGACUCGCUCCAUGGUAACUCAGCAGAGAAUCUUCGCUUUAAACACGUUAGCAGGAAUACUAGAAUACUACUCCGCAGGCACUUACAAAGGCAUAAUAGACAUACCGCUCAGUAAAAUACUUUUCGUAUUACGAUUUUCAUUAGAUGAUAAGGCAGGAGCUCUUAUUGAACCUUCUUUGAAAGCAAUAAGAAACCUAAUUUAUAAUAGGAUAGAUGAAGCAAGUUUAGAUGCCUUAUUAGGGUUUGAAGCCGGCCUGCAGCAGCCUUGCCUCGAAAAUGACAAGUCAGAAAUUGAAGAAUUGGAAUCAAAAGAGUCAGAAUUAAAAGAUUAUCACUUGGCUGAAGUUGAUAUCAUAGCUGCUCUUUUGAGAACUGAUAUUUUUACAAGAAUACAGUACAUUUUAGGAAAUAUAAAACCGAAUGUAAAUUCUGUUCAAUAUUGCUUGCAAAUUUUGACUAGACUUGCUAGAGAUUCACCUGAGACAGCCAUGACAAUAGUUAAAAUGGAACAUUUGAUGAGCAAUGUUAAAGAUAUCUUUAAGAAUUACAAGAAUAACCAGUUGUCACAACUAGCUAUGAGGUUACUCAGGGUCCUUUCUUUACAAUCAAGAGAAAUCGGUGACAUAUUGCUAUCAAAGUACUCUAUAUUAGAACCUGUUUUGCAAUGUAUAAGCACAGUAGCAGACAGGACAAGUGGCCUACGCGUCCAGAUAGAAGCCUUCUGCAUCAUGACUAACUUCCUGCAUCAUGAUCUUGGUGUGGAUGAAGCCUUAUCCAUAUUCCCCAUGUUAUUAUCAGCUUUGUACAUACAUGUCCAAAACACAGAUGUGUUUGUUACAUCAUCAGUGUUAAAUGCUACACACGCGGCAGUAAUUUUACAGUUUGCCAGCAAAAUAUGGUGUACUCAAAAACUGCCAGAUAGUAACAAAGGACAGCUCUGUAUCUUACUGAAAGAAGGAGCGAGAAAAUGGCUGGCACAAAUAUCUCAAAAUGAAAGUUACACUUGCGGUCAUUUACGUCUGCUUUGCUCUGUUCUGGACUGCUGUAAUACAAUUAUUACGUUAGAUCAAGUGGAUAUGGGCUUCUUGAAGGAAUCCUUGACCAAACUUUCGAAUUCUGGGGGAUUUUCAAACAUCGCAGCUCACCUGCAGUCCAGUUCGAAUCUGUUGUCGGGAAUAGAAACCAAAGAUUUGCAUUUCACAAAAAACUUGAUGAGCCUAGGCUCUUCAGUUGUGGACUCUCAAUUAAAAACAUUACCUAUACUUAAUAGUUUGUCACCUGUGCCAUUCUUAGCAUCCUUGUUCAAUAUUCUCGAAGCUGUAAACGAAGAAAAAAUUGCACAGACUUUCGUACAAACCCUUGAGCCAUAUAUCGAGAAACUCGCUCAAAAAUCGCCAAGCCUUAGUGACAAUUGGUUCACAAGAACGGAGACAGAUCUUGUAAUCAGCAUAAUAAAAAUUGCCGUGAAAAUUGACGUCCCUGAAUCUAAGAAAGACUUGUUGUACGCGGUGGCAAAUAAAUUAUGCUACAUUCUUAGAGUUGAUAAGGGUGGUGACCUGGAGUUCUUGUUUAGAAACAUUGUGUUCAAUAAGCAGUGGUUCACAGCAGAGAGGCUGAUGAACCUGGUGUCUUUAUCCGACGCUGAUGGCUUCUCGAAAGCGCUCACAUCGAUAGAAGAGAUAAAAUUGUGUUACAGCACAGUUAUAAACCUUAGUUACAAAGAUACUGGUGCUAAUAUUGUACUUAGAAAGUGGCAAGAACCGAUACUACCUAGAGACUGGAUAUAUUUACCCAUUUUACAUCUAUACAGCAAGAGUCAAGAGCAGACUCCUCAAAAAGUUCUUGCCUUAAACGAGUCAACAGCGAAAGAGUUCGUCAUCAGGAGCAGUUUAGAAUGGAUCUUGUUUAACGAAUACUGCUUUCCCGAUCUCCUGAAAGACAUAAACGUGACGGAUAGAUUCUGUCGAUUAAUGUGUGUUUUUCUGUGUGAUAAUUCCUUAUUCUUGGACGCGAGGAUCAAGAUCCUGUUACAGAAAUGUCUUGAGGUUUUGUUUAAGAGGAGUAGCGAGUUUAACUUCGAUCAACCGCUUACUGGAUUGAGUAAUUUCCAAGGUUUUUACACGCAGUUUCUUGAACAGUUCCAGUCGGUUAGUUAUGGGGAUAACAACUUCGCUGCGUGCGUUUUAGUGCCUCUAGCUCAAAGACAUGAUGUCAAAUGGCGGAAGCUCAUUUGGUCCGAGUAUGCCGGGUGCUUGAGGGCUCUGGAUUGCCCAGAAGACCGCAUGUGCUACGAGUUGAAAGACUACUUGUAUCCAGAGGAGACUGAAAUGUCUCUGAUAAAGUCCUACUAUCGCGCCUUGACGUCGAGUCUGGUCAGGCCUGGUACAACUGCUUAUACAAUAGCGCAGCACCAUGUUGAAGCUUGGAAUCGCCGGAAAGAUCAGCAGAUCUAGCAUAUUUUAUGCAGAUCAGAA